AGGUGGAAGCUGUGUAAUUUCACUCCGAUAAUGGCAAGUGGAUAUAAUCGGCGCAACACUGGUUUUCCACGCCAGUCACGUGGAUAUGCCAGAGGCGGAGGAGGCCGUGGAAGGGGAAGACGAAAUUUUUACGGCGGAGACCGAUCGGGUCAUUCAGGCGGUAACGUCAGGUUUGGUUUCAAUUCAUUACAAAAACUUCGAGAAUCAGAUCCAGAUGAUAUUGUUCUGGAUUUAGCUUCCGAGCGAUGUCUUCCGGCGUUUCGAGAACUAUUGGGAAAGACGGACAUGUCAGAUGAAAUGAUCGAGCUCGUUUUGGAAGUGCUUGCCAUAGCAUGCGAUAGUAAUAGUCCUGAAUAUUUCAAUAAACUUCUUGUCGAACUGCCCAAGUCAUUAUUUGUUAUGAUAAGUUUAAAAGGCUAUGUAACACGAUUGUGUAUGGGGAGAAAGUCUAACCCUCAGUUGUUCAUUGAGCGUACUGUAAAACUAUUCACCAACAUCCUCAAUAGAAUACCAAGUGCAUUUGUCUCUCUUCCUUUGGGAGACUUAGAACUAGCUGUUGAUAUGUUAGCUAGGACGAGACAAGUUAGCGCCGUUGUUAUUCAGAGUGUAGAACAACUUAAAGUCAUCAAACAAGAAUCCUUGGAAAAGGAAAUACGCAAGAGAGAGCUUGAAAAUCAACGAAGAACACGGAGUCGUAAUGCAGGUUUGAGAUCCAUUAUGUAAAUUCUAUAUAUAGUCCAGCGGAUCUGCAUUGCCAUUGGUAUAUAUUGGUAAAAUCAUGCAUUUUAUGAAGAAAGCACCAAAUUUGGCACGAAAUGAUUUGAACACUGCACUUUGCAUUACGACUUUAAUAGUGUCUGUUUAUGUCGAUUAAUGUUUACUGUUUGUAGUUCAUUCAAUACCAUAUUAAAGGUCAAAAAUCGGACAAAAAUGUCCAUUCCGGUCAGGUGAGGUGAGAUAAAGCCUCCAUAUGGAAAAUCUAGCGCGCAGAAGGUGACAUCUCACCUAACCGGCCUGGUUAUAACUUGUUAGACAUCUGUCUUCAGCCGCAUAUCUAUGUGCGCUAAACGCAAGCUAUUUUCAAAAACGAGCAACUGGACAAUAAACUUGUUUGUCCAAGAUCAAUUCAAUGCCAAAGUUUCAAAUUGAAUUUUAUAAGCGUUAUCAAAAGGUAUGCAGAUCUCCCUCAGGUGAUUUUCCGGUUAGCUGCGCUCAUAUGAACCGGCAGUGAGUGUGUUUUUUUUAUGAAGCUGAUUCCAACACAGCCAAGCGGGGUCUUCGGAACGAGAAAUUGCCAUGUUCUCACUCCUUUCUGUGCAGGUGGGAUGUAUUUGCCUUCUCAUGGGCACGCGUAAGUGCCAUUUCUGCCGUCAAAAUAUGACGUCAAGCACUCGAAUAGCUUCAACGUUUUUUGUUCCGUCAUUGUUUUUGACCAUAUAAAUACGCCAUCGCGACUGAGUUAGUAUCCCAGCUGGGCAGGUUAAAAACACCCCGCCCAGCUGGGGUCAUAUAUAUUGGCCCUUAUUUCUUUCAUAUACGUCUAAACUGAUUUCUUUUCAUUUAAAGAGAUUGAAGAAGUCGGACCCCCUCCUGAAGAUUUUAGAGAAAUGUCAAUCAUUCCUCACCGCGAUGACAUCUUCAUUGAAAAGAAGCCUUAUCUUCGAAAGAACAUCAUCCAAGGAGGCUACCAGAACCUGGAUCAUUACUUGGACGUGCAAUUUCGGCUACUGCGUGAGGAUUUUCUUCGCCCGUUGAGAGAGGGUAUUAUAAACCUGGUUAAUCAUGGAAUUGAUCAGCAGCAAGGCGUGUUCAAAGAUAUUCGCAUGUACAGAAAUGUCAAGAUUCUGUAUCCCGUGUGUUCAAACUCAGGUCUGCGUCAUCACAUUCAAUUCGAUAACUCAAGGUUGAGACGCGUCAAAUGGGAAAACAGCAAACGACUUAUAUUUGGCUCACUCCUCUGUCUGUCCAAAGACCAUUUCCAGACCUUUGUAUUUGCAACUGUGGCCGACAGGGACCCGAAGGAACUAGCAUACGUAAGUUUUAAUCCCAGUUUAUCGGAUCAAUAUUAUUUGAUUAAUUUUGGCAGAAGCAGAUGUACAUAACAUCAUUACACUGUGAAAGCUAACAAAUCUUUUGCAAACACAUUUUUGAGUCGGAUAGCAAUAUUGGUCAAGCUCUAGUCUUUCACAUGCAGCGUGAUAUUGAUUGUGUUUCUAAACAGCAAUAAAAAACUCAUAACAAAAUCGCUCCCCAGUUUAACCACACAAAGUUGACAUAAAAGUUGAUUUUCUUGAACACGACUUGGCCGCUCGAAGCGAACACGACUCGGCGACAAAAACAUUAGCAAGCGACUUCUUUUAUGUUGAUCACGCGGUCGGCAAGUGGCAAAACGCGUAGCCGAGGUCCCUGAUUGCCUUAACUAUACACACGUAAAAACGCACAAGUUGUAACAAGUCUGCAAACAAGUUGUUACAAAUUUGUUCACAAGCUGUCAACAAGUUGUGUUCGCACUGCUUGUUCCUACUUUGUUGUAACAAGUUCGAAACAAGCUGUUAACAACUUGUAACAAGCUUGAUGGCAUUAUCGGCCUUGUUACAAGACUGUGCUAACAAGUUUGUUACAGCCAUGAUAUAACGAGGAUGUUGCAAGGUUGUCAACACGAGGUUGUAACAAUCUUGUUAUAUCAAGCAUGGCACAGACUUGUCAGAACAACCUUGCAACAUGCACAACUCUGAUAAUUUCGACAAGGUUGUUACAAGUUGUCAACAAGUUGUUCCAAACCUGUUGACAACUUGCGACAAGCAGUGCGAAUACAUCUUGUUGACGGCUUGCUGGCAGACUUGUUACAAGAUGUGAGAUUUUUACGUGUGUAGUUGGAGUUAUAUGGUUUCACCCAAUUAUAUAGUCCCUAUUAAAAAUUGAAGGCCAUUAUGUGGGUUAUGUGCAAAUUAGUACGAGACGUUGUGACCAUUUUGUCGUCAUUAUUUUCCAGUACAGUAUAAACCCUACCACAUACGCAAAAGGUAUAUCCACCAACCAAUGUGCCACAUUAUACCCAAUACAAUUAACACAAAUUAUAAAUUUCCCAUGACAGGGUAAACUUACGGUGCAGUUCAUGGACUUAACAAUUGACUUACAAGAUUUUUCACGCAAGAACGUCUACGAAAUGGUCGAAACAACGGCAUAUUUUGAAGCUUAUAAUCCUAUCUUAGAAGGAUUACAGCAAACCAAAGACGAGGACUUGCCAUUUCAGGUGGGUAUAAUUAUGGAGAAUAUCAAACUUGAAGGUAUAAUAAAGUUAUCAAAAGUAAAGGAAGCUCCGGACGUGUAUGCAUGUAAGCACCGUUGCACGCCAAUCUCCUCCGACA